AUGUCUAAGGUCCAACAAAAUUUCUCUGUCGUUUCCGAUGAUGCUGACAAACCAGGUCCGUUGCAACCAGCUUCCGUCAGAAGUUUGAGAUCCACCACCAAGAGAAAUGCUUCAUCCGAAGUCGCUGGACCGGCUCCGAAAAUUGCCGUUAAAGUAGAGAAAUGGACAAUCGAGUCAGUUUGCAAAAACGGACGCCGUUUAGAUCUCUCUUCAAAUGAGCCGAACGCUGCAUCGGUCAUCAAAACGUUGUUCAAAGAGAUACAUGGAUCUGUCCUCUCAAAGCUGAAUAUCCAUCCACUCCAUUGGGACGAAUGCGCCGACAGUGAACUAGGACCCUUUUUGAAAACGUUCAACAACAGUGUCAAAGCAUUUCGUAAAAAAAAUCCGCGUGAUGUUCUACUUUCAAAAGAAAAUUGGCGCCAAAAGGAAGCUUCCGAGUUCCGUGUAAUCUGUGACUUAGCAUGUCAACUCGCCAUUCCAAAUCCACGAGUGCUAAACACGCAUUAUGCAGGAUUCAGCAGCGGGACUUACGGUGAAACGAAUAUCGAGACGUUACAAAAAAUCCUGGACCUGCUUGGUGUCAAAGAAGACGACGUCUUCAUGGAUUUGGGAUCUGGAAUCGGGCAGCUGGUAACGUUUGCUGCUGCGUAUACCAACAUAGCACACGUGCGAGGCAUUGAACUUCAACAGGUCCCAGCUGGUUUUGCGGACGAAAACGUUCGUCAGUUCAAGAAGCUGAUGCGGCAUUUUGGGGAAAAGCCACGGCCAUUUGAGCUGAAACUCGGAGAUUUCAAUACCGAAGAAAUUGAGACUUUUUUGAAAGAGAAAGCGACCAUUAUUUUCUGCAACAAUUUAGCUUUUGAUCCAGAUCUUAUGAUUAAAUUGAGAGCGAUUUUGCAAUUCUGUAACAACGGAACAAAAAUUGUGGUGACUCAGAAAUUGGAAACGACCAAAAAGGGAAGGACACCCCGCGACUGUUUUUUCACCGCAUCUGCCGAUACAAUUUUGUUGUUCGAAACUGAUGGCUCAGAAAAAGGCAAUGUAUCCUGGACCAACAACAUAGUGCCUUACUAUUUGACUACAGUGGAUAAUUAUAAGCCGUUCCGGGAGGCUGCAACAAGAGCGAAACAAGAAGAAGCGAACCGUUUGGCAAAACUAAUGUGUAGCAAGAAGAACGGAGCAAAACACGGAGAAAAGGAGUAA